AUGGUACUUCAAGGCAUCGAGAACAUCCAUAUGCGUACGGCUGCUGGUAAUAAGGCAUCCCGUCCAGGUAAUAGUAAUAUCGGUACUAAGGUCCUGAAACUGAAACUGAAACUGAACCCCAGAACAACCAAAAAAGUUGGUCCUCAAAAACCAUCACCAGUAUCUGCUAUCACCAAAAUAGGUCUGAUGAAACGGUUUUUUGAUCCUGAUGUAUCUUUAGAUAUGCUUCAUGAAUUAGCAAGACUUGUUGGACCUCUUAUGCAUCGUCAUAAGUUUACAGUUGGAGUCUUGUGUGAGUUUUAUCCAUCAAACCCGAGUUUACUUGGUUUGAAUGUUGAUAGAGGUUCUAAGAUUAUGUUAAGACUUAGACACCCUGGUAGUACUCUGUAUCUUCCCAUGAACGAUAUUGUUGGGACUUUACUCCAUGAAUUAACUCAUAAUUUAUAUGGAGCUCAUGAUGCUCAGUUCUACAAGUUCUUGGACCAGUUGAAAGAAGAAUACGCCGAUGUUCACUUUAGAGGCUUGGGACCCAAUACUAGUGAAUACGUUUGUGAAGAGAAUAAGUUGGGUCAUAGUAAUUCCAGAUUGCCUUCCAGCUCGAAUUAUGUUUCUGUUAGAGAGAAGCGACUUAAGGCAGUAACUAAGACCACUUAUAAUUCCGAAAGACGGAAAUUGGGUACUACCACUGUGACACCUAGAAAUGCAGUAUCUAAACCUCGAGUAGGAACUACUGAUUUACGUAAUGCUAUUUUGGCUGCAACUGAACGAAGAAUUGCUGAUUCAAAAUGGUGUUCUGAUCAACUUGCAAUGGAUGAAGAUGUCACUUGUGAUGCUGAUUUGAUUACAGUGGUUGAUUUGACUAAUCAUGAAUAUGAGGAUGAUGAUGCCUUGAACACACCUACAAAAGAAAUCAUUGUGAUUGAUGGAUGUGAAACAUAUAAUAAAUUCAGUCAAUCAAAAAAGAAUGAUAAUCUGCCGGAACCCCCCGUGGUGACUCAAUUGUUAGAACCUUUCGAAUCGAAAUCAUUUCCUGAAUCAUCAUCACAAACUGUGGAUAAUACCAAGCAGCUGGACUCGGAGAAUACCGAUACAAAUGCCCAAAGUCCACUCACACAUCGUGAACCUAUUGGAUACUUGGUUUCUGUAUCUCCCAGUCGAUCAUUCUUCAACGAAGGUAUCAUUUAUCCUCGUCGCAAAUAUGUGGCUAAUCUUACGUUUGAAGAGAUAAUACGAAGGUCUCGUGAGAUUGAGAUUCAUUUGCUGGAAAGACAAGAACAACCGGAUUUGAAACCUUCAUCUGAAGCCAUGGUUUCACGUUCAGGGAAGCACAAGUCUAAUGGAAGAUUUGAUAAAGUGAUCAAGAAGGCGAGGCCUUCUACGCCCUCUACCAGAUCUAUUCAUAAGUCGUUAAUACGUAAAACCAGUCCAGCACCCGAACCUCAAUCUCAUGCUAAGACAAUCUAA